AUGAGUACUAUCACAUUUGUUACAGGUAAUGCCAAUAAGCUAAAGGAAAUCGUAGCUAUUCUCUCAGAUGGUUCAAAGUCUGAAGAUGGAUCUUCCAAAGUUGGAAAGUUUACCAUCGCGAAUAAAUCUCUUGACUUGGAUGAGCUUCAAGGAACUAUCGAAGAAGUCACUAUCCACAAGGCCAAGAGUGCUGCCAAGCUUGUGAAUGGACCUGUACUUGUAGAAGAUACGUGUCUUGGAUUCACUGCGUUCAACAACCUUCCUGGUCCGUACAUCAAAUGGUUCGUACAGUCUGUAGGUUUGCAGGGCUUGGUAGAUAUGUUAUACAAGUUCGAAGAUAAGGGAGCCAAUGCUAUCACCACAAUUGGUUACUGUGCGGGACCUGAUGCGGAUGUUGUUUUGUUUGAAGGUAUUACCAAGGGAAACAUUGUUGACAGUAGAGGACCAACUAACUUUGGUUGGGAUUCAGUAUUUGAACCAGAGGGUUACAGCCAGACAUAUGCAGAAAUGGACAAGGUGCUUAAGAACUCACUUUCUCAUAGAUAUAAGGCCCUAGUUAAGUUGAAGGAAUUCUUAUCCUCUCAGUAA